UCGACUAGUACACGUAGAAAACAAACAGAACAGACGAGACAACGACGUUUAAAAGCACACCAGGCGCAAUGCAAUAAGCUCCGUGCGUCGGACAGUUAGCACAUACCACUAGCACCAGGAUCAGGCCUGCCACUUGCCACCGAUCUGCGGCAGAAUCGGCAUCCGCUCCCGGACUUGAGCCACGCGAGCGCGGGCCCAACCCAGACGAAUAAUGCUGGGUGGGAAGCGGACGGGGUCGCGGCACAUAGCCGUUGUGCUGCUGAUGUGCCUCUUCUGGUACGUGAUCUCCUCCAGCAACAAUGUCAUUGGCAAGAUGGUCCUGAACGAGUUCCCCUUCCCGAUGACUGUGACUCUGGUCCAGCUGUGCAGCAUCACGCUGUACAGUGGGCCCUUCUUCAACCUGUGGCGCAUCCGGAAGUAUCAGGAUAUCCCGCGCCCCUACUACUACCGCCUGAUUGUCCCGCUGGCGCUGGGCAAGCUCCUAGCCUCCGUCACCUCGCACAUCUCGCUGUGGAAGGUGCCAGUUUCCUACGCGCACACGGUCAAAGCCACAAUGCCGCUAUUCACCGUCGUCCUGACGCGCCUCUUUUUUGGUGAAAAACAACCGACGCUCGUGUACCUGAGUCUGCUGCCCAUCAUAACGGGUGUAGGCAUUGCCACAGUCACGGAGAUCUCCUUUGACAUGAUGGGCCUGAUCAGCGCCCUCAUCUCAACAAUGGGCUUUUCCAUGCAAAAUAUCUUCUCCAAGAAGGUGCUUAAGGACACCAACAUCCAUCAUUUACGGCUGCUGCAUUUGCUUGGAAAGCUGUCACUGUUCAUCUUCUUGCCCCUGUGGUUAUACAUGGAUAGCUUAGCUGUAUUCCGACACACGGCCAUUAAAAACCUGGACUACCGGGUGAUUGCCCUGCUUUUCGCCGACGGCGUUCUAAACUGGCUGCAGAACAUCAUCGCAUUCAGCGUCUUGUCACUAGUCACUCCACUUACAUAUGCAGUGGCAAGCGCUUCGAAGCGGAUCUUUGUGAUCGCCGUAUCGCUCCUGAUUCUCGGCAAUCCUGUUACGUGGGUCAACUGCCUUGGCAUGACACUGGCGAUUGUGGGCGUGCUGUGCUACAAUCGCGCCAAACAAAUCACCCGGGGCCGGGAGCAGCCAACACUUCCAUUGUCGCAGAACAGUCAUGUGAAGUACUCGCCGCUGGAGCAACAGACGGAUCCGUAUUACCGGGGAUCGGUCAACGGAAAACUUUCCAAUGGAUUGCACAGGACGCCCGGAAACAGCCUGUUAGCGAACGGCAGCGGAAUGCCAACCGGAACGGCUACGCGGCUGCUCUUUGUUUAGAUUGUAGUUAGUGAAUGUAUCCAAUAAGCGGGUUAGCUAAAUAGUAUUAACCCUCGACCACCACUACCCAAUUCCCGACUCUCUCCCUUUCUCUCUUUAUAUAUAUAUGUUCUAUAUAUAUAUUGAAUACGUUUGACAACUGAGGCACAACUCUAAAUUUUAUAAUGUUAAGAAUGAAGCCGGAUUUUCUUUAGGUUUUCGAUCAUAUUUGAUGGAAGUGGAAUUAAACUUUUCGAAAACUUCUGUGUUUCAAAAAAAUACCUCUAAACACCACAGACCUAGUUCACAAACGACGUUUAAAACAUAAAAGAAUCCUUUUUUAUUAGAUUGAAAAUAAAAUAAGAAAACAAGGUCCAUACGGUGCUAAAAUAACAUGGCUAAUGAUUAGUGGUUAGUACGUUUGCUGAAAGAGUGUCUUAAUUCUAAAAUCAUAUUUUUCCGGAAUUUUUUGUACACCUCAUACUUAUGUAGGACUCGCAAUGUAUAACAUUAUGUAAGCUGUGACAUUCUUUUAGUAAUCAAACUCGAAAAUGAAAAAUUUCGAUGUUGUGCCGGUUGAGUCAAAAGUGCGUAAUAUAUGUAUGUUUGUUCACCCAGAACGCAUAGCAAUGCUAUAAACGUAAUGUAUUUUUGAUAUAGUUUCGUAGGCGAGCGGAGUGUGUAAAUAUUAUAAGUAGUUCGAGUUCCCAAUUUCCAUAUCCCCUCCCACCCGCUAGUUUCGAAUUUGUUUUUGUAUUUGAUUAAGCCGUAAAGUGUAUUCAGAAAGCGUUAGCGCAUGUUGAACCAAAAAAUAAAAUUGUUGACAAUGUACAUAGGCAAAGCAAAUGCAAA